AUGGGCCAGUUACUUCAAGAUGGCUACCAGUUUGGUCUGUUUGGACCACGAGCACUGGGCAGGGCUGUGCACGCCGCCGCCGAUGGCCCGGGCCUCAGCAAGGCCGAGUUCAUGGAGAAGGUGCGGCAAAGCAACGAGGCCUGCCAGCUGGGAGACUUCCAGAUGGCCGUGAAGCUUUACGGCGAGGCCCUGCGCGCCGACCCGCAGAACUGCAUCCUGUACAGCAACCGCUCGGCCGCCCACCUCAAACUGGGUCAGUACCAGACCGCUCUGAACGACGCUGUCAAAGCCCGCCUCCUUAAUCCUAAAUGGCCGAAGUUUGGUCUGUUUGGACCACGAGCACUGGGCAGGGCUGUGCACGCCGCCGCCGAUGGCCCGGGCCUCAGCAAGGCCGAGUUCAUGGAGAAGGUGCGGCAAAGCAACGAGGCCUGCCAGCUGGGAGACUUCCAGAUGGCCGUGAAGCUUUACGGCGAGGCCCUGCGCGCCGACCCGCAGAACUGCAUCCUGUACAGCAACCGCUCGGCCGCCCACCUCAAACUGGGUCAGUACCAGAUCGCCCUGGACGACGCAGUCAAAGCCCGCCUCCUUAACCCCAAAUGGCCAAAGGCAUACUUCCGACAGGGUGUUGCCCUUCAGUACCUGGGGCGCCAUGCGGAUGCCCUGGCCGCCUUCGCCUCGGGACUGGCGCAGGAUCCCAAGAGCCUGCAGCUGCUGGUGGGAAUGGUGGAGGCCGCCAUGAAGUCCCCUCUAAGAGAAUCCCUGGAGCCGACCUACCAGCAGCUGCAGAAGAUGAAGCUGGACAAGAGUCCGUUUGUGGUGGUGUCUGUGAUUGGUCAGGAGCUGCUGACCGCCUCCCAUCACGGCGCGUCUGUGGUGGUCCUGGAGGCGGCGCUGAAGAUCGGCACCUGCAGCCUCAAGCUGCGCGGCUCUGUUUUCUCGGCCCUCAGCAGCUCUUACUGGUCAUUGGGCAACACGGAGAAAAGCACCGCCUACAUGCAACAAGACCUGGAGGUGGCCAAAACUUUAGAAAUAAAGCACUGCGUCCUCACAUCUGUUCCUCUUCCUCCUCUCUUCAUGACUCACUCCAGCCGUGGACCUGACCGUGAUUCUGCAGCCAUUAAAAGCAGAAAUGGUGUUUGCAACACGCUGAGCAGUGUUAUCACACGCUCUGUAGGUCAGGCUGCUCCUGAACUGAUGGAGACCUGCCCUCCAUCACCAUUCAUCACCCUUAAACACAUUUCUCCCUUCUUCACACUGCUCGGCCUCAGUCAGGGUCAAUGCAGAGACUCCACAAAGAAAAGAUACUGGAUUUCUCUAGAGGAGAGGGAGGUGAUGGAUUAUAUGGGAGUUUCUCCCCAGAGGUCUGCGCUGCACUCUCUCGGCCCGUGGGCCGCUCCGCUCACACGUCAAUGUCAGAGAUCAAUAGAGCUGAUCUCUGGGGACCAAACACGGAGGUUCCAGAAAUCUGGGCACGGGUGCCAGAUUGUGCCCUUCUCCUGGGACAGAAGGUCCCUCCUCAGUGGAAUCCGCCAGGGAGGAGCUGAUGCCAACAGCACGAGCUCCAAGAACCAAAAUAAGCCAGUCGUCGAGAAUGAGAAUGCGAAUGCCCACUUCCUUAAGAGGGCCAAGGGCAGUCUCCACGACUUUCGUGAAGACGCGAGGAGACAGGGAUAUCCUGAAGGGAAGAACUUUGUACUAAUAUGCCUGUCCUUCAAAGGCAGACCAAAGAAACGGCCUGAGUCUUGGAAGGAUCGAGACAUAAAAGCGGCGUCUUCAGCCCUCAGCAGCUUGGGUCACGUGUACACGGCCAUCGGCGACUAUCCCAACGCCCUGGCCAGCCACAAGCAGUGCGUCCUGUUGGCCAAACAGUCCAAGGAUCAGCUCUCUGAGGCUCGGGAGCUGGGCAACAUGGGAGCCGUCUACAUCGCCAUGGGCGACUUCGACAAUGCCGUACAGUGCCACGAACAGCACCUGAGCAUCGCCAAGAGCCUCGGCAACAAGCGCGAGGAGGCGCGUGCCUACAGCAACCUGGGAAGCGCUUACCACUACCGCCGCAACUUCGACAAGGCCAUGUCAUACCACACGCACGUGCUGGAGCUUGCACAGGAGCUUGAGGAGAAGAGCAUCGAAAUGAGGGCGUAUGCGGGGCUGGGACAUGCUGCCCGUUGCAUGCAGGACCUGGAGAGGGCGAAGCAGUACCACGAACAACAGCUCAACAUCGCAGAAGGCCUGAAGGACCGCGCCGCCGAGGGCAGGGCUUCAUCGAACCUGGGAAUCAUUUACCAGAUGAAAGGGGACUACGACACUGCUCUGAAGCUGCACAAGGCUCAUCUAUCCAUUGCCCAAGAGCUAAAUGACUAUGCGGCCCAGGGCAGAGCGUAUGGAAACAUGGGCAAUGCUUACAAUGCCCUCUGUGCCUUUGACCAGGCCGUGCGCUACCACAGACAAGAGCUGCAGAUUUCCAUGGAGGUUAACGAUCGUGCCUCGCAGGCUUCGACGCAUGGUAACCUGGCGGUGGCGUACCAGGCUCUGGGGGCGCAUGAUCGAGCCUUGCAACAUUACCAGAAUCAUCUGAACAUUGCUCGAGAGUUGAGGGACAUCCAGAGUGAGGCUCGUGCCUUGGGCAACUUGGGUAAUUUUCACUGCUCUCGGGGAGAGUUUCCCCAAGCCGUACCCUACUAUGAACAGUACCUACGGCUUUCCCCGGAAUUGCAGGACAUGGAGAGCGAGGGUAAGGUCUGCCACAAUUUGGGAUAUGCGCACUACUGUCUGGGAAACUUCCAGGAGGCAGUGAAGUACUACGAACAAGAUCUGGCACUUGCUAAGGACCUCCACGACAAGUUAAGUCAAGCCAAAGCCUACUGUAAUCUGGGCCUGGCCUUCAAGGCUCUUGGCGACUACAGCAAGGCGGAGGAGUGCCAGAAGUACCUUCUUUCCUUGGCGCAGUCACUGAACAACUCGCAGGCUCGGUUCCGCGCCUUGGGCAACCUGGGAGACAUCUUCCUUUGUAAGAAGGAUGUUCCCGGAGCCGUCAAGUUUUACGAGCAGCAGCUGUCCUUGGCGCACCAAGUCAAGGAUCGCAAGAUGGAGGCGAACGCCUACGCCGCGUUGGGCGCUGCCUACCGGAUGCUACAGAAAUACGACAAGGCCUUAGGGUACCACACCCAGGAACUUGAGGUGUACCAGGAGCAAGGCGACAUCCAGGGAGAGUGCCAGGCACAUGGACACCUCGCCGCCGUCUACAUGUCUCUUGGAAAGUACACCAUGGCCUUUAAAUGCUACGAGGAACAGCUUGAGCUCGGCCAGCGACUGAAGGACCCCAGCAUUGAGGCCCAGGUUUACGGUAACAUGGGCAUUACGAAAAUGAACAUGGGAGUAAUGGAGGAGGCCAUUGGCUAUUUUGAGCAACAGUUGGCAAUGUUGCAGCAGCUCAGUGGCAAUGACGCCGUGCUGGACCGUGGUCGUGCUUAUGGGAACUUGGGAGACUGCUAUGACUCGCUGGGAGAUUUUGAAGAGGCAAUUAAGUAUUAUGACCAGUAUCUCUCUGUGGCACAGAGCCUCAACCAUAUGCAGGACCAGGAGAAGGCAUACAGAGGUCUUGGUAAUGGACACAGGGCGAUGGGGAGUCUUCAGCAGUCUCUGGUGUGUUUUGAGAAGCGGUUGGUGGUGGCGCAUGAGCUGAGAGAGUGUGGAGGAAAAGCUCAGGCGUACGGAGAACUGGGCAGCUUGCACAGCCAGCUGGGUAACUACGAGCAGGCCAUCUCCUGCCUGGAGCGGCAGCUCGCCAUCGCCCGCGACACCCAAGAUCGAUUGCUGGAGGGCGAUGCCAGCUGCGGCCUGGGCACCGUGUACCAGCUGAUGGGCGAACACGACACGGCCCUUGAGUUUCACCAGCUGGACCUCCAGAUCGCGGAGGAGACGGGCAGCGGCAGCUGUCAGGGACGGGCCUACGGGAACCUGGGACUCACUUACGAGUCGCUGGGUAAUUUCGAGCGUGCCGUGGUGUAUCAGGAGCAGCACCUGAGCAUCGCGGCGCAGACCAACGACCUGGUGGCCAAAACUCUGGCCUACAGCAGCCUGGGACGAACACACCACGCUCUGCAGAACUACUCGCAGUCCGUCAUGUACCUGCAGGAAGGUCUGCGUCUAGCGGAGCAGCUGGGCCGUCGGGAGGACGAGGCCAAGAUCCGACACCGUCUGGGGCUCUCGCUGUGGGCCAGCGGCAAUCUGGAGGAAUCCCAGCACCAGCUGUACCGUGCGUCGGCUCUGUUCGAGACCAUUCGUCAUGAAGCGCAGCACAGCACCGACUACAAGCUCUCCCUGUUCGACCUGCAGACCUCCUCGUACCAGGCUCUCCAGAGGGUCCUUGUCAGCCUCGGUCACCAUGAUGAAGCUCUGGCCGUGGCGGAGCGUGGACGCACUCGGGCCUUUGCCGACCUGCUGGUGGAGAGACAGACGGGCCAGCAGGACUCUGACCCCUACACGCCCGUGACCGUGGAGCACAUCCUGGACACUGUGAACGGGCAGCGGGCCCUGGUGCUCUACUUCUCUCUGGCGGCAGGAUACCUGUACAGCUGGCUCCUGGCCCCCGGCUCCGGUAUCCUGAAGUUUCAUGAGGUGUAUCUGGGUGAGGGAGCGUCGGAUGGCGGCACGUCAGACUUCCAGGAGGGCAGCGGAGGCUCUGUGCCCGCGGGGGGCGGCUGUGGAGGCUCGUCUCUGGAGCAGCACAUUGCUAACGCGCGGGAAGCUCUGGGAGUGGACUCAUACUACAGCAGAGCUUGUUCCAGCAGCGAGACGGAGAGCGAAGCUGGAGACCUUUUGGACCAGCAAUUUGAAGAACUCAAUAAUAAACUCAACUCAGUGACCGACCCGACUGGCUUCUUGAGGAUGGUUUCCAGAAACAACCUCUUCAACAGGAGUUGUCAGAGCAUGACGAGUCUCUUCAGUAACACGGUGUCUCCGGUGAAGGAGGGCUCCUCGUCUCUGUCGUGCCGCGCCAGUGCGCUCAGCAAACCCCCGUUACGAGCCCUUUACGACCUGCUCAUCGCCCCGAUGGAGGGGGGUCUGAUGCACUCCAGCGGUCCGGUCGGCAGACACAGACAGCUGGUUCUGGUUCUGGAGGGCGAGUUGUAUCUCAUCCCGUUUGCGCUGCUGAAGGGAAGCUCAUCUAAUGAGUAUCUGUAGGAGCGGUUCGGUCUCAUCGCCGUACCGUCCAUCGGCAGUCUGGGGAGCACGGCUAAAGUUCACCCUCGGCGGAGCGGUCCGGUUGUGUGUAAUGGAGGAAGCUCCAUGGCCGCAGUGGUGGGGAAUCCUCGGCUGCCGCCGUCGGUGAUGGACCGCUGGCUCUGGGGUCCGAUGCCUACGGCUGAGGAGGAGGCUCACAUGGUGGCCGAUCUCCUGGGCUGUCAGCCGCUGGCCGGUCCCGCCGCCACCAAGGAGCGGGUCAUGAGUGCCCUCACGCAGGCCGAGUGCGCCCACUUCGCCACGCACAUCUCCUGGAAGCUGGCGGCUCUGGUCCUCACACCCAGCCAGGACCCCAGCUCCGGACCGGUGGCAGUGGCUCCCAGCGGAGGAGCAGGAGGUGGAGAGAGCGGAGUCAAAUCCAACUACACCAUCCCGGAGAGUCUGCGCGUGCCGGACGACGCCAGCGAUGCCGAAAGCAUCUGUGACAGCCCGCCGCUGCAGGAGUUCCUGCUCACCGCAGCCGACAUCCUCGAUCUCAGGCUGCCCACAAAACUAAUCGUGCUGGGCUCGUACCAGGAGUCGGACAGUAAAGUAACGGCGGACGGUGUGGUGGGUUUGACCAGGGCUUUCCUGGCGGCUGGAGCUCAGUGUGUGCUGGUGUCUCUGUGGCCGGUUCCCGUCACUGCGUCCAAGAUGUUCAUCCACGCAUUCUACAGCGCUCUGCUCAACGGCACCAAAGCCAGCGCGGCCCUCGCAGACGCCAUGAAGACCGUCCAGAGCAGCAAACAGUUCUCACACCCCUCCAACUGGGCAGGCUUCAUGUUGAUUGGCAGUGACGUGAAACUGAACAGCCCGUCGUCUCUGAUUGGUCAGGCUCUGGCUGAGAUCCUGCAGUAUCCAGACAAAGCUAGAGAUGCCCUGAGGGUUCUGCUGCACCUGGUGGAGAAAUCUCUCCAGCGCAUCCAGAACGGCCAGAGGAACUCCAUGUACACGUCUCAGCAGAGUGUGGAGAAUAAGGUGGGUGGCGUGCCGGGCUGGCAGGCUCUGCUGACCGCGGUGGGAUUCAGACUGGACUCGGCUGGAACGGGCCUCCCCGCGGCGGUCUUCUUCCCCACCACCGACCCCGGAGACCGACUGCAGCAAUGCAGCACCACCCUACAGUCACUGCUGGGUUUGCCUCCUCCUGCUCUACAGGCUUUGUGUAAACUGAUCACAGCAUCAGAAACCGGAGAACAGCUGAUCAACCGGGCUGUUAAAAAUGUAGUGGGAAUGCUCCAUCAAGUUUUAGUGCAGCUUCAGUCUGGAGAGAAGGAGCAGGAUUUCUCUCUCGCGCCCAUCCAAGUGUCCAUCAGCGUGCAGCUCUGGAGACUUCCUGGCUGCCAUGAGUUCCUGGCCGCUCUGGGGUUCGACCUGUGUGAGGUCGGUCAGGAGGAGGUGGUGUUGAAGACGGGCAAACAGGCCAACCGUCGCACCAUGCACUUUGCCCUACAAUCACUGCUGGCACUGUUUGACUCUACUGAGCUGCCGAAGCGUCUGAGUCUGGACAGUUCAUCGUCUCUGGAGUCUCUGGCCUCGGCACAGUCUGUGUCCCACCAGCUGCCUAUGGGCUACCCCAACCCUCCCUUCUCCCCUCCAUGCCCUGACAGCCUGGCCUCUGAUGCCAUCUCCGUCUACAGCCUGAGCUCCAUCGCCUCUUCCAUGAGUUUCCUGUCCCGUCCCGAAGGCGCGUCUGAUUUUAUCAGCCAGCGCUCGCGUCAGCAGGAACUAGAGCGGCAUCGGGGUGGAGCCGGGCUUUUCGCGUCCCACCGGCACACGUCAGUGCCCCGCAGCCGCUCGUCCCCACAUGGAGCCGUGGGAGGGCAUGAUGAUGAAGAGUAUGAAGGAUACAGUAUAAUCAGCAGCGAGCCAUUGGGUAGCCAAUGCGACACGCUCCCUCGUCCCACAAACCACAGGAACCAUCGGGGCGCGGCGCGCGGCGGGACCGGCAGAGGUUACGCAGUGUCCGUGUCCUCCAGGGGAAGCGUCAGCACCCCAACGUCCCCUGUCAAAGCCACCCUGGUUCCCAGUCUCAACUCUCCCUUCCAGAAGGUCGGGAAGGUGAGCAGCUCCGACACGGGCGAAUCCGAUCAAUCCAGCACAGAGACAGACAGCACUGUGAAGUCCCAAGAGGAACGUACGCCUGGUGCCGCUCUGGACCCGCAGGAACUGGCACAGAAGAUCCUGGAAGAGACGCAAAGCCACAUGCGGGCCGUCGAGACUUUGCAGAGAAGCACUGGGAGUGUCCCGCUUGGUGACGGGAUGGGCGGCGGAGGCCCUCCGACCCCGACUGGAGGGUCUGCUUUCCGUUCCUCGGAGACGAGCGCGUUCAGUCGCCCUAGUAGCCGGGCGAGCAUCAAGGCGCAGUCGUCUCCACUCCCAACACGCCCCAAACCGCCCUCCCGUACGUCGUCCCUACAGAAGGUCAGCUCGGGAUACAACAGCCCCGCUACGUCCGAGACGUCCCUAAAGGAAGGCAGCCAACCGUCGCCAACUUCUGACAGUCAUGCCCAGUUUAAACUCAAGUAUCCCAGCUCGCCCUACAGCGGCCACAUCUCCCACUCGCCCAGCAACGUCUCGCCCAGCUCGGGCCACCAGUCUCCGGCCGGCAGCGCACCCUCUCCGGCAUUGUCCUACUCCUCGACGGGCUCGACGCGCUCCAGUCCGGCGGACGCCCCGGAUAUCGACCGACUCAAAUUGGCUGCUAUUGACGAUAAAGUCCAAGCGAUCCACAAUCUCAAGACCUUCUGGGCCAGCGCCACCCAACAGCAGCACUCGGGAUCAAUGCGGGCGCUCCGCGGUGGGAAGCUGAGCACCGCCAAACGAGAUGUCCUGGGCCUUCUGAACCUCUCGCCCCGGCAUGGCGUGACAGGACAAGAUACGCCCGGCCAAGAUGUGGCACUCGAACACAGAAAUCCGCCCAACGGCCAUCGCAAAAUCGAUCCCAAGAGAGUCGCGCCUUCUCCGACGGCUUCCACCGGCAGCAGUCCGGGGUCACAUCCCAUCCGACUGCCUUCAGGGAACGGGUACAAGUUCCUUUCGCCGGGACGGUUCUUCCCUUCAUCUAAAUGUUGAGAUUCUGUCCCUCUGACUGGCUUCUCUUGAAAAAGGAGUAUUUUGAGUAUUUAUAACUCUUGAAAACAGUGAAAAGGACAGUCUGGGUGAGGAAGUGCACAUUCCCAGAAGCCUCAAACUGCCUACUGCUUUAUUUUCCGUGCAGAGAGCAUAUAAUCCUUAUGCUUCCACCUACACUGUAAAGGACCGUUUAUACAUGCAGACUGAUCUUAGACUUGCGCAAGGCAUGUCAGACAAAAAAAA